GGCUGUCUGGUGGCGGCGGCGGCGGGAAGGCCGAGCGGUGGAGAUGGCGUCGCUGCUGCCGCGUAUUGAACGGCUGUCGUCGCGCGUGGUGCGGGUGCUGGGCUGCAACCCUGGGCCUAUGACUCUGCAGGGCACCAACACCUAUCUGGUGGGCACCGGGCUCAGAAGAAUCCUCAUUGACACAGGCGAGCCAGCUAUUCCUGAGUAUAUUGGCUGCUUGAAGCAGGCCCUGUCCGAGUUCAACAUCUCAAUUCAAGAGAUCUUGGUGACACACUGGCAUCGUGAUCAUACCGGUGGAAUACCUGACAUCUGCACAAACAUCCUGAAUGACUCUGAAUAUCGCAUCUGUAAGCUUCCUCGUGUCCCUCACUGUGAAGAAAUAAUAGGAGAUGGAGGAUAUAAAUAUUUAUAUCUUAAAGAUGGGGAUGUGAUACAGACAGAGGGAGCCACACUCAGAGUUUUAUAUACACCCGGGCACACUGAUGAUCAUAUGUCUUUACACCUAGAAGAGGAAAAUGCUAUAUUUUCUGGUGACUGUAUUUUAGGGGAAGGAACAACAGUAAUUGAAGACCUGUAUGAUUACAUGAAAAGUUUGAGAAUGUUAUUACAAAUGAAACCAGAUUUAAUAUAUCCAGGUCAUGGCCCAGUGGUCCGUGAUGCAAAUGCUAGAAUUCAAGGAUACAUUUCUCACCGAAAUGCACGUGAAGAGCAAAUUCUGAAUGUUUUCCAGAAGAAUGCUGGAAAAUCAUAUACAUCUUCAGAGCUUGUGAAGAUAGUGUACAAGGACAUUCCUGAAAAUUUACUUCUAGCAGCAGAAAACAACCUCAUAGUCCACUUGAAGAAGUUGGAAAAGGAAGGAAAAGUGUUACGUGAUGCAUCUCCCAGCUUCAGAUGGAGAAACAAUCUGUAGCUUACACAAGAUUGCUCGAGAGCAUUUUCAGUCUGCACGGUUGCUGCAUGAAAGAAGAGAAUGAUGAGCUCGGAGGAUAUGUGAAGUAAAAGUCUUUCAUUUGUUUUUUAGGUUCUAACAAUUUAAAAGUGAUGUUUAUUAAACAACAAAUUGGAGAUUGUAUAAACAAAUCUGUAGUAAAAAGAACACAGAUCAGAUACUUCAGCUGCUUUUGUUGUGCUUUUCAAAAAGUGAUUCUGAUGGUAACUUCUCUGUAAAUUCUAAAAACAACCAAUUUUUGCUAGCAAGUGGAAAUACUGUUUUUCAUAUUCUUUUCCAUAAUGUAACUGUCUGUGCACGUUUUUGUUGGCAGUAUGUUUUAACUGAGAGUACUUCCAGAUAUAUCUGUUUGCUCAUGGAAACACCAUUCCUGUGAAAUUUAAAGGAUCAUUAAUUUCACCUAAUGUCAAAACACACACAGCAUUAAGACAGACUUUAAUUCUAUAUCUUCUAAGUUUCUGCAAGAAUGUGUUUAAAAAGCUACUUAAAUCGAAAUAUAUAUUGUAAACAAUAUGAGGUUAUGUUUUUCUACCACUUUAUAACAAGCUUAGAAUUGUGUUAUUAACACCAUUUAAAGAACAAAUAUUUUAACUAAAGGUUGUAUUUGGUUAUAAGAUACUGAGUAGUUGUAGUAAAAUGUUUGCAGAUGAAUUCAAACUUCAGUUUUCUGUGUAGCUUUCAGAGUAAUAUAUAAAUGUUUGUAUUAUAUUGUGCAUUUAACAUAUGUUUUUGAUUCACUUUUCUAAUGCUGGUCCAACCUUAAAGAGAUGUUUAAAGGUACUAAAGACAAAUGUAUGUUCUUGAAAAUCCUUGAGAACCUUUCAAGUUCCUCCUGUAUCUUCAUUUGUGGAACAUGCGUAUGUUUGGGUGUUUUUAGUAGGCACAGCUUAAUAGUUACCAGUAUCUGAUGAAGUUGAUAACAUUUGUUCAUAAUGAUGGCUUUUUGCUUCAGGAGAAAAGAAAUUUAAGUGAAAUGGUACAUUUUGUCAUGGUGGGAAGCCUGAGAACCUAAAACACAGUAGGGUUUGGUAUGAAGUGAUGAUGUCUCAUUACCUUCCAAGCUAAAGAAAGCUACUGGCAUCCCAAAUGUCACUGCACCAUUUUCUUCUGUUUGACUGUGUUUAUGGAAAAUUCUUCAGAACUGAGUUAAAUUGCAGAUAGUAAAGAAAGAGAUGUGAUGCAAAGAACUACAUUACAUAUUCCAUGCUGUGAUGCAGCUGACGUCUAAAGCUCAUGAAAGGUGAGGGAAAUAGCAGUUUGACCAGACUUGAGUUGUCUUUCGUGGUAUAGAUGGUGCCUGAAAUAUUAAAAGCAGAGGUUGCUUUACUAAGACCUAUACUUGCGUCUGUGACAUUGCACAAGUCAUAAGAUUCCUUGCUAUGAGAUUUUAGGUUUGUUUAAUAAUGGGACAGUAAGCUAUAAUCCAUGCCUGUAUAAAAACGAGGAUCAUCCUGUUUCCAACCCCUGCCUUGAAUUCAUUAGUCUGUGCAGAAUCUAUUUAGGACUGAGAAUGAAAACAGGAGAAGGGGCAAUUUCUGUCUCAUCAAGAUGGAAGGGCAAAUGUUGUUCAGUGCACUAACUUUGUAAACAGCUGGGGACAGAAGGAGCACUAAAUUGGGUAGUUUUAAUAUGCUGUCCUGAGAUGAAACACACAGAAAUGUAGGUUAUUAGGUUUAAGAACUAGGAAACAAUUUUGACAGUAGGUAUAACAUUUUCAAGUUUCCCAUUCUGCUUCUUGCAAAGUUUAUAUUUCUUAAGAAAUAUCUUUCUUGAGAUAUGGUUUUAAGUAUAACUGAUGAUUGAAAGGUUCCCAAAUUGGAAGGGCAUUGUUCUGUCUGUAUCUGUUACGUCAGGUGCAGUAAUAUGAUUACUGCUAAAUCCUCCACAAUCUUCCAACCUGAAAUAGAUUUCAGACUUCCUUCCUAAGAUCAUUUUGAAGCGUAGUCUUUCAAUAUCUGGAAAGCUGGGACAAAAUCUGGCAAACAUAGACCAACAGCCCAUUGGCAAGUAGUAAGACUGAGGACUGACAGGUAUUUCAGAUCAUAACACUUUGCCUAAAGCGCCGUAAGAAACAUCACGUGGCAGAAGAGAGGUCUCCAACAAUAGGAAUAUGUGGAAAACACUCGGAUGAGGCAAUGGGUUGCUUUAUUUUCCUUUUCAGUGUAGUGGUUUGUAUUGAUAAGCACAAAAAGCCAGUUAAAACCAAGAAGAUCUCUGUGCCUGUAAAGUAAGACAGUAGCCAUCCGCUCGGGGCAUUUGCUGAUUAUUGCUUGAAAAAAAGAAUGUCCCAUCCCAGGUACUUAAAUCCCAUUCCCUAAGUUCUGUGGACUUGUUUUCUUUUAAUAAAUAAAUUCAAGACUACUUUGAAAAAA